GAGGGUUGGAGGCAUCCGAAGGCGUCUUAGUACACGCCGAAGCCAAACUCUCUUUUCCUUUCUCUCAUCUCUACAUUUUUGCCGCGAAGAUGAGAGAGUGCAUCUCGAUCCACAUCGGGCAGGCCGGAAUUCAGGUCGGCAACGCCUGCUGGGAGCUUUACUGCCUCGAGCAUGGCAUCCAGCCUGAUGGCCUAAUGCCUAGUGACAAAACUAUUGGCGGUGGUGAUGAUGCUUUCAACACCUUUUUCAGUGAGACUGGUGCCGGGAAGCAUGUCCCUCGUGCAGUAUUUGUUGAUCUGGAACCCACAGUCAUCGAUGAAGUAAGAACUGGAACAUACCGCCAGCUCUUCCACCCUGAACAGCUCAUCAGCGGCAAGGAAGACGCCGCUAACAACUUCGCCCGUGGCCACUAUACCAUCGGCAAAGAGAUUGUCGAUCUCUGCCUUGAUCGCAUCAGGAAGCUUGCGGACAACUGCACUGGCCUCCAAGGCUUCCUUGUUUUCAAUGCUGUUGGUGGUGGCACAGGCUCCGGCCUCGGUUCUCUUCUCCUUGAGCGUCUCUCUGUGGACUAUGGAAAGAAGUCAAAGCUGGGGUUCACGGUCUACCCAUCACCUCAGGUCUCCACUUCUGUGGUCGAGCCCUACAACAGUGUUCUGUCCACCCAUUCUCUUUUGGAGCACACUGAUGUGGCUGUUCUCCUGGACAACGAGGCAAUCUAUGACAUCUGCAGGCGAUCUCUUGACAUCGAACGUCCCACCUACACCAAUCUUAACCGCCUUGUUUCUCAGGUGAUUUCUUCCCUGACUGCCUCACUGAGGUUUGAUGGUGCCCUGAAUGUUGAUGUCACUGAGUUCCAGACCAAUCUGGUCCCAUAUCCAAGGAUCCAUUUCAUGCUCUCAUCAUAUGCUCCUGUUAUCUCUGCCGAGAAGGCUUACCAUGAGCAGCUCUCUGUGGCUGAAAUCACCAACAGCGCCUUCGAGACAUCUUCCAUGAUGGCAAAGUGCGAUCCUCGCCAUGGCAAAUACAUGGCUUGCUGCCUCAUGUACCGUGGAGAUGUGGUGCCGAAGGACGUUAACGCUGCUGUUGCUACCAUCAAGACCAAGCGCACCAUUCAGUUUGUUGACUGGUGCCCGACUGGAUUCAAAUGUGGCAUCAACUACCAGCCGCCCACCGUGGUGCCUGGUGGUGAUCUGGCCAAGGUGCAGAGAGCAGUGUGCAUGAUAUCCAACUCCACCAGUGUUGCUGAAGAGAAUUCUCUGAGGCUCGUGAGGAUCUUGCAGCACUCGAGAAGGAUUACGAAGAGGUUGGCGCUGAGUCUGCCGCCGAGGACGAGGAUGGUGAUGAAGGGGAUGAAUAUUAGGAUGCUGACAAGCUUCACCGUUUGUUUGUGUGGGAACCCCUUACCCUUGUGUUUGUGUUUCAAGCUUCCUAUCGUUGCGUCGUCUUUACCGCUGUCUGUAUGUCAUGUAGAUUUCUGGAUGUUAAGAGACUGUUGGUGUGAUGUUAUUGUCGAGAAUGUUGUUCGGAUGCUUGUUUUAUGAUGCUAUCAUGUUUAGCUUGUCGUUCCCUACAUAAUUUUCUUUGUUGAGUUGAGAGUUUUCUGUAGAUUUAAAGAUAUCGUUCG